GAGUUAUUAGUAAUUACAUAAGAACUAGCAAUGGCAAGCGAGCCUUGAAUAGGUUUAUAUUACAUACAAUUGCAUAGAUCCCGCGAAUCAAGACUAUUACCUACUGCAUUAGACUUGAGUCAUUGGCCGAAGUGGCUUGACCUAAUCCAAUCAUAGCUUCAACUGCAUCAGGGCGCUCAGGACUGAUGAGAUAUGAAUAUGAAAAGAGUCAAGUUUUUGCUUGUCUAGACUAUAUGUAUAUAUAUACAUAUACAUAUAUCAAUCUAAACUUGUCUUCCAUCAACGAUAUCCUAUGGAAAAUAAGUCGCGCAGUUGAUCUUAGUUAUCCAGGUAUUCAGCCUUAUUCCACGAUUUUCGUACCGCGCUUAGUUUAACGGUGCUCAAAGCCAUUACGUUCUUAUAAUCGAACUGAUUUAAUUCACCCCCGAAAGAGUUUUUUAACUUCAAAUAUGACUUCGGCAAGCCGUGGGGAGAUCACAUCUAAAGUCCUUGAGAGUCUCAAAGGAACACCUUACGAAGCAUCGUCGCUCGAUGUAUUAUCAGGGGGAACUGCUAACUUCAUAUACCGCGCAACAUUGAUGCAGCCACUUGAAGAUGGUACGCAACAAGUUGCCGUUAAGCAUUCUGAGGACUAUGUUGCGAACUCACCGGACUUCAAGUUGACUCUAUCUCGUUGCCGCGUCGAAGAAGAAUGUCUCAAAGCGCUAUCAGCAUUUCCCAUCGUCGGCAAGGCAGAUGAGAGCGAUCCUUACCAUUUCAUCGUCAGGACGCCUAAAUUAUACCAUUUCGACGAGACGAACAACACCCAAGUUCAAGAGUAUCUACAGAACGGCAUUGAUUUAAAAACGCAUACCUUGACAGUUGUAUCCGGUGCUGAUCUAGAGACAACAAAGCACCAAAGUCUCCAGCUUGGCAAGGCGUUGGGAAGAUGGCUUAAAGGCUUCCACGACUGGGCGGCGCAACAACCCGAGCUGCGACGGACGGUAACCGCAAAUAAGGAGUUGCAGCAGUUGAAGCACAUAAUCAAUUCCUCAUGGCUUCUAGACCGAGUCAAGCAGUUCCCAGAUGUCCUCGGGGACGCUGAAGGCGUCUUCGAAGAGGUGGGGAAGAUGGCUGCGGCAGAGCUGGAGGACGACAAUCAGCUCCAGGUUAUCCAUGGCGACUUUUGGACGGGAAACAUUCUUCUUCCCAAGGCCCAAAUUAAGGAGGGAGAAGACGUGCCAAUGUUCGUGAUCGACUGGGAGAUGUCACAGAUAGGAAAGCCUAACCUCGAUGUCGGCCAAAUGCUCGCAGAACUGUACGAGUUGAAGCUAUACAAGGGUAAACCAGCCGGCCUAUUUAUGGUUCAGGGAUUUAUAGAGGGCUAUGGCCCAGUGAGCGAGGACUUUGCCUUCCGCACGGCGAUCCAAGUCGGCGCUCACCUGGUCUCCUUUGGGAUGAUAGUCCCGGGUUGGGGGCCGGUAGAGCAGGUUGAAGAAUGCGGACGCCUCGGGAGAGAUAUGAUAACUCGCGCGUGGGAGAAGGACCGCCGGUGGUUUGAAGAGAGCGAUUUCGCCUGUCUGUUUAGUACGACAGGAUGAGCAAUGCUACCUAUUGAACUGUCUCAUAGCUCAUAGAAGAGGAGAAGAAAUAUAUAUAGCUGUGAACUCUCA